UCAGGGAUAUGCGCCUGAGCCACUGGCUGGGAUCGAGUGGGGGAGCGUAGAGAGCACCAAAUACUAAAUGGAGUCAGAGCAACUGUUUUCCAGAGGAUAUUAUAGAAACAGUUACAACAGUAUAACCAGUGCCAGUAGUGAUGAGGAACUGUUAGACGGAGCCGGAGUCAUCAUGGAUUUUACAGGAUCUGAGGAUGAUAACUUACUGGAUGGUGAUGUUUCCACAGGACCCACUUAUACAAUGACAAAUGGAGGUGGUAUAAACAGCUCCACGCAUUUAUUGGAUCUGCUGGAUGAGCCUAUCCCAGGUGUUGGAACUUACGAUGAUUUUCACACCAUUGACUGGGUGCGAGAAAAAUGCAAAGAUCGAGAACGACACAGAAAGAUUACUAGCAAGAAGAGAGAAUCUGUGUGGGAAUUCAUAAAAAGCCUAUAUGAUGCUUGGUCGGGAUGGCUGGUUGUAACAAUGACUGGUCUGGCAUCAGGUGCCUUGGCUGGUUUAAUAGACAUUGCUGCUGACUGGAUGACUGAUAUGAAGGAAGGCAUCUGCCUGAAUGCAAUGUGGUUUAAUCAUGAACAGUGCUGCUGGGGAUCCAAUGAACCGACCUUUGAAGCGAGGAACAAAUGUCCCCAAUGGAAAACAUGGGCCGAGCUAAUAAUUGGACAAGCUGAUGGACCAGGGUCUUACAUAAUGAACUACAUUAUGUACAUCUUUUGGGCAUUGUCAUUUGCCUUCUUGGCCGUCUCUCUGGUGAAGGUGUUUGCUCCAUAUGCAUGUGGUUCUGGAAUUCCUGAGAUCAAAACUAUACUGAGUGGUUUCAUCAUUCGAGGUUACCUGGGGAAAUGGACGUUGCUGAUUAAAACAAUCACUCUUGUUUUAGCUGUUGCCUCAGGACUGAGUUUAGGGAAGGAAGGCCCUUUGGUACACGUGGCCUGUUGCUGUGGUAACAUUUUCUCCUACCUGUUCCCUAAAUACAACAAAAAUGAAGCCAAGAAACGAGAGGUUUUGUCUGCAGCAUCAGCAGCAGGAGUAUCUGUGGCUUUUGGUGCUCCAAUUGGUGGUGUAUUGUUCAGUUUAGAAGAGGUUAGCUACUAUUUUCCCUUGAAAACUCUUUGGAGGUCAUUUUUUGCUGCUUUAGUGGCAGCUUUUGUGUUGCGUUCCAUUAAUCCUUUUGGAAACAGUCGCCUGGUACUGUUUUAUGUGGAGUAUCAUACUCCCUGGUAUUUAUUUGAACUGAUUCCUUUUAUCCUCCUGGGAGUAUUUGGAGGAUUGUGGGGAGCCUUCUUUAUUCGCGCUAAUCUCGCUUGGUGCAGGCGUCGGAAAACCACAAAGUUUGGAAAGUUCCCCGUCUUGGAAGUUAUCAUAGUCACUGUGAUUACAGCAGUUGUCGCCUUUCCCAAUCAGUACACAAGAAAGAACACAAGUGAAUUGAUCAAAGAACUUUUCACUGACUGUGGCCCUCUGGAGUCCUCAUCACUUUGUGAUUAUCAGACCGACACAAACGUCAGCCAACUGGUGGAUGACAUUCCAGACCGACCAGCUGGUCAAGGAGUCUAUGAUGCCAUGGGAAAACUGGCACUCGCGCUUAUAUUCAAAAUUAUUAUGACCAUCUUCACUUUUGGAAUUAAGGUACCUUCAGGCCUUUUCAUACCGAGUAUGGCGAUUGGUGCCAUUGCUGGUAGGAUUGUGGGGAUUGCGGUGGAGCAGCUAGCCUAUCACCAUCAUGACUGGUUCAUAUUUAACCAGUGGUGUAAUGUUGGAGCAGACUGUGUCACUCCAGGUCUCUAUGCUAUGGUUGGUGCUGCAGCUUGUUUGGGUGGUGUGACGAGAAUGACUGUUUCACUGGUGAUCAUUGUGUUUGAGCUGACUGGGGGGCUGGAGUACAUUGUCCCUCUUAUGGCUGCAGUAAUGACCAGCAAGUGGGUGGGUGAUGCAUUUGGCAGAGAAGGCAUUUACGAAGCACAUAUUCGUUUGAACGGGUACCCGUUCUUGGAUGCUAAGGAAGAAUUUACUCACACGACACUAGCUGCAAAUGUAAUGCGACCCCGAAGAAAUGAGGUUCCUCUGACAGUUUUGACCCAGGAUGAUAUGACGGUUGAAGACCUGGAAGCAACAAUCAAUGAAACAACGUACAAUGGUUUUCCUGUAAUUGUAUCAAAAGAGUCUCAAAGACUAGUUGGAUUUGCAUUACGAAGAGACAUCACCAUUGCAUUAGAAAACGCUAGAAGAAAACAAGAAGGUAUUGUCACCAGUUCAAGAGUUCAUUUCACACAACAUACCCCAACACUUCCAGCAGAUAGUCCACGUCCACUGAAGCUGCGCAGCAUUCUCGAUAUGAGUCCUUUCACAGUUACAGAUCAUACACCAAUGGAGAUUGUAGUGGACAUCUUUCGCAAAUUGGGCCUAAGGCAGUGCCUUGUAACUCAUAAUGGGAAUGUCUUGGGGAUCAUCACUAAGAAGAACAUAUUAGAACACCUUGAACAACUAAAGCAGAACGUCGAAUCUUUGACGUCUCCUUGGCAUAAUAACGAAAAAGGAUAUUCUCCGUCACAUGGCCCAAAUGACAAACCAAGACCCAGAGUCAAUCAUGUUCAACUGAACACAGUAGCUGAGGAUUCUGAAGAAACUGAGGAAGAGAUUCAUUUGUUAAAGAGCACAGCAAAUUGACUAUUAGAAAGGCUUCAGCUUAUCACUAUUAUGGAAAGAAAAUAACAUCUGUCUGCAGUUCAGUCAGUACUGAAUGCUGCUUUGAUGUAAGAGUUUGUCAACAGUGGUCGGUCCACUUCAGUAUUAAGCCUGGUGUCCACUUUAAAACCAGUUUAUACCUAGAUGUUUCCAUAUUAAUUUUUUUUUGAUAUGUGCUAUUAAAGAAAUAGAGGGUUAGUGACAGUGAAAUUGAAUGGUAUAAAUGGUUCUUCUGCCAAUACUGAAUCACUGACAAUGCAUCUUUUCUAAAGAUCGCACUAUAUGAUUGAAGUAAGCCAUCUUGUAUGCCUCCAGAGUCUUGCACUUUCAUGCAGAAUGCAUUUCAGGAACGUUGGCAGCUUGCAUCUUUGGAUUGACAUUAACUUUGCUCUGAACAUUCCAGACAACUUACCAUUUUUGCACCAAGGAAGGUGACUGUGAGAGCCUCUGAACCCAACCUCUGAAACUUCCUUGCCAUUGAAGCAGUCAUUUCUUGCAUAAAGGUUACGCAAAGAUUAUAAAAUUGGUAACUGAGAUGAGGCAAAGAAGGAACCAGUUUCCCAAGUGCACAUCAAUGAAGGCUGAUUGCUGAAGAUGUGCGUAACCCAAAUGUAUUUACUAAAAUUGAGUUAAGGCACGUUGCUAAUAUUUGACAAGGUGCAAUUAAAAUAAGAUUGUGUGGUUGGCAGUUUUACAGGAAAUAAUCUUUUUAAAACUAGUGAGAUGGUUGAGGUUUCAAGAGUAUUAAUGCUGAAAAACAUAUUUUUGCUUAAAGACGGGUGUCCCUUUAUUUUCUUUGCUAUAAAAGGAGGAUGAAUGGCAGUAAAAUGGUCACUUGCUGAUGCUUCCAGUUGCAUUGUGUGCAUCAACGUUAGGGAUCCAGGAUUUACUGAAUAUGUGCCAGAUGUGGGUAGGAAUGUUAGCUGUACUGCAGCCUUCAUCCAUAAAACAUUCAGCAAUGAUCUUUGUGUUUAUUCUAACUGUGCACAAUGUAUAACUUGAUUUUUUUUUUCAUUUGAGUUUUCUGUUUUAGUGAUCAUCGCAUCAGUUUUUUUUAAUACUGUUAACAUUCAUCAAGUAACAUUGGUGAUGUCAUCUGAAGUAUGUACUUUGAUUUUUUUAAAAAAAACUUUGGAUUAUAUUAUCAUGGGUAAUAACCAUUCGAUUUUUAGUGUUUACAAUUCAUAGGAGGUAAUCUGUUUCAACCAAAUUGGCUUUAAAUGACAUCGUGUAAAACUAGAAUCAUCGAUGUGUGCAUAUUUUUAAAAUAUAGGUCCACUUUUAUGUGGCAUUACCUGGAGUUAAUUUUAAGAAAUAGAUUGAAGUACAAAUGUUCAUGUAAACCAGAUUUUUAAAGGACUUGAAAUUUGCACUAAAUUUCCAGAUGCAAAAAGGUAAACUUACACUGUUUGUAUAGAGUUUAAAACAUUUGAUGCAGAUCAUUGGGUUCCAUUUUUGUUUAGUUACAGAAUCAAGGGUAAGACUCAGAAACCUAUUGAGGUUGAUUAACGGACCUCAAGAGCUUGUGCAAACUACUUACUGAUUACUGAUGAAUACUUACUGAUGAAGCAUUAUCAGUUUUGCUACUUUUUAAUCCCUUUCUCAUCCCAAGACAUUAACCUGACAUCCAAUCUCACAUUAGACAUCAUUGUUGGAUCUGCAGGAAAUGUAUGGAUAAUAAUUGUAUCAGAUAAUAAAAUCAAUAUAUUUAAAAUCAUCAGCAUCCAAAGUGCUGAUAAUUUGGAAUGUUCAGGAUUGUGUCGCGUCAGCUUCGAAAUUCAGCAUAAAUCGAUAACUGGAAAUUUUCCUUCUGUGACGUUUGCAAUACCUUAUGAGAUCCUCCUCCCUUUCUCUGCUGGGUGUAGUCAAGCUUUAGGCAAGAGCCCCGUGGGGAUGGUGUUUGUGUUCGGUCGUUUGCCAUUGUCUUGCUUUUGGUUAAUGAAGGAUGCUUUGUCUUUAACUGUGAUGUUGCCUAGAAUUGUCUUUAAUACUGAUUCUGGAUGUUUUUAUUUAUAUCGAUGUUAGAAAUUCACAUUCUUAAGACAAACUUAAUUAUGAUUACUGUGAAAGUUUGAUUGUAUAAUACUGUAUUAAAUUACCUGUUGAAACAAGUGAA